GUAAUAUGGCUAAGACUACAGACGAUGAUAAGUGCCCGAGCACCCAAAUCACGCUAUUAAUAAAGCGAGUCACCCCCCGUAAAGCCUGGUCCAUUAAUCACAUAAACCACUGACAGCCUCUUGCCCUGAACGUCAUUUUUCGCGGGUCGGCGUGCCACGCCCAAUCGAAUGCGCUGUGUCGUAAUGAGGCGUUAUGUUCUGUCUUUUGUUGUAAACAACGUGAGGAAACAUAAACAUUCAUGUUCCGCUCAUGUAUCUAACUGGACUGGUAAUACCAAUAUGAUUUUUGGAAAGCUGGUGCUUUUUAGAAGCGAUUCCAGGGUUUAGGCGCUCAUUUCAUAUGGGAUAAAUUAUUCAUGAGCGAAGUUCCUCCACAGUUUGAUUGGUCGUCCGAAUGAGAGGCUAACUUCUGUGCUGAGUAAUUCAUUUUGCAACAAAUAUGGCGACACGGAGUUGUCAGAGGAAAUCACGCCGAGGGUUGUGUGGUGGUGAUUCUUGAAGAAUUUUUUUCUCGCGCCCACGAUGAGCUUGGGGUUUAACUCCCAGGGCAAGUACAAGCCCCACCGAAGACGGAAGAGUGCCGGUGCCGAGGUGGUGAACGGGGUGUCGGGCGGGAAGCACGAGGACCACAACCUCGGGGAGGGCGGUAAGUUUUCUCCGGUGCGAGAUGUUGCGAAGGUUCGCCUGGGAGCUCCAAGGAACGAGUCGGAGGAUCCGGUCUGGCUACAGGGGAGCCUCGACAGAGGAAUCAUUCGCGUGUACGAGGUAGACUCGGACCUCUGCGUGGCCGUGAGGUGCACUCUACAGACGAACGCGGCCGAGAUCUGCCAAAAACUCGGCCUGGACGCCGCCGAGGUGCCUUUGCCUGCGUGCGAUGAUCUCACGACUACUGAUGCUGCCCCACGCCUCCCCGCAGACACCGAAAAACUGAACGGAGACGACAAUCCUGUCGGUAAGGAGUUGUCGAACGGUCUCACCAGGACAGACAAGGUUUGCUCUCUACAUGUGCAAUUCAACGGGGGUUCGGUGCGGAGACUGGGUGCCGGGGAGCUUCCGUUGGUCCUACAGCAGGAGUAUCUCAGCCGCCUGGGCCUGACGGAGCCGCGCCGACUGCAGCAGGAGGGCCGCGCGCACGACCUGGGAAGCCUCAUCAGAUUCUACGCAGGGAGACCGAGAGUUGAGGAUGGUUUGGAGAGGGUGGUCCUGUCUGGCGUCUACAACGUCAAGAGUGGGCGGAAGCUGGCCAGCCACAAGUGGAGCCCGCGGCUGGUGGUGCUGUGUGGGACCAGGCUGCUGGUGUACCCGUCCACCGACUGUAGCGACAAGCCGCACGUCUUUCAACUCACCAACGGGAAGGUUGAAGAGCACAAGUCCAAGAAGCAUGACCAUUCGCUGGCCUUCAGCUGUGGGGGGCAGACCUACUAUGUGCAAUUUGAGUCAUGGCUGGAGAGCAUGAAGUGGCUAAGACUAGCUUCAAAGGUUGCGUCGCAGCAGCCAUGUACGAUGGACCUGUCCAGCUGUAGCCUGGAGCUGGUGCCUGACUGUCUGUUCUCUCACACCGACCUCACCUGCCUCAACCUGCGCCAUAACUACCUGGGGGAGAGACCUCACCACGUGCCAACCCAACAACAGGGCUACCUGGACGACCUCACAAGAUUUCAGCAGCUGAGGAGCCUUAAUGUCGCCUAUAACGCGCUGGGCCAGUUCCCAGCAUGCCUGUGUGACAUCGCCACUCUGACGGAACUGAACGUAGCUAGCAACAGAAUACAGGAGCUGCCCCCCUGCAUAGCCAACCUGGAAAGCCUCCAGGUGUUGCAUGCCGAGUGUAACCACCUGACAAGCCUGCCCAACGAGCUGCAGCAGCUGCAGCACCUGUCUCUACUUGGCAUCGCCUUCAACAGGUUCACGGAGGUGCCAGAAGUCCUGGCAGAGAUGAAAGGAAUAGAGAAUGUGGUGCUAACUGGGAACAGACUUCAGAAGCUGCCUGUAGAUCUGAUGAGCAAACUGACUCAUAUCAGGAGACUGGAGCUCAGGUCCAACAGAUUAGAGCUGACGUCUGUGGAAAACGUGACGUUCUUGGCCCUGGACAGCCUGACCCACCUGGACAUGAGCUACAACAGCGUGGCUGAGCUGGACGUCCGCGUCCUGAAGCAGCUGACCCACCUGUGUUGCCAGGGCAACGGCAUGAGCAGCCUACAGGUGUCUGGGGAGAGACUGGAGGUGCUGAAUGCCAGCCAUAACAAGCUGUCCACAAUAGAGAUCACCCCCCCUCCCCACAACUUGGUGACUAUCGAUGUAUCAUGCAAUGCCUUUGAGAAACUGCCGGAGUCCCUGUGUGACCUGAAGGGACUGAAGCUCAUCGAUGCCAGCAGGAACAAGCUCAACUGCCUUCCACCAAGGAUAUUCUGGCACGUGCCGAAGCUGACCAGACUGAGAGUGGGGCACAACCGUCUGUCUGCCCUGCCUGACCGGGUGGACAACUGCCUGCUGAAGGAACUGGACCUCCAACAUAACAGACUCACCCACCUCCCUGCUGCACUACUCAUGAGGGCACACAGACUACGUGUGCUGAACCUGUCCUGUAACCGGCUGGUGACCCUCCCACAGCUGGGUCCCUCGGAGAAGCUGAAGAACGUGGAGGAACUCUACCUGUCCUCCAACUACCUGGUGGAACAGUCUCUACUGGUCAUCGCAGGGUACCCACGGCUCAAGGUGCUGCACAUGGCCUACAACCUCAUCAAAACCAUCCCCGCAAGGUUCUUUGUGCGGCUGGAGCAGCUGGAGGACAUUAACCUGUCUGGAAACCACCUGACGCAGCUGCCGGCCACCAUCACGCAGCUGCCCAAGCUGCAGGUGCUACGGGCUCACUCCAACCACCUGACCAGCCUGCCAGACUUCUCACAGGCCAAACUACUCAAGGUGCUAGAUGUAGGCUGUAAUGAGCUGCGUGAGGGCAGCCUGUCGGGUGACCUGCUGUCCCAGCUGAGUGAGCUGGACCUGGGAGAGACCCAACAGUUCAGCAAGGCGGAGACUCUGGUGAACGGUUCGGCCGGCCUGGCUCUACUUGGGGCCGGACCUGACGGACAGGACUCCACGCUCUGGAGAUACGGCUGCGCGCAGACUUACGGACAGAGAAACAACCUGUGUGUCAGACAAGUCCUGAGACCGACCUACGGCGCAGAGAAGAACGAGGGUCUGUUUGCGGUGUUUGACGGCGGGAGGAACGCGGACGUGCCGCAUCAGCUCCAGACGAGCGUGGCGGAGAUCGUACAGGAGGAGGUCAGGAAACAUCAGGAGGGCGACAAGGACAACAUCCACAUGAAGUACUCGGUACUCACCGCGCACAAGAGACUGGGUUCUGUUGGUCAGAAGCUGGGCUCUUCGGGAGUCUUCUGCCACCUGCAGAGGUUAGGUGAGGACAGCUACACGCUGCACCUGGCCAACGUGGGCACCUGCCAGGCCGUGCUGUGCAGGGAGGGUGUGGCCGUCAGCCUGUCCAGGUGCCACACUCUUGUGGGGGCUCCAGAGGAGGGAGCCAGGGUGAUGGAGGUGGACGGCAUGUUCACUGAGGACAACAAAGUCAGUGGAGUGACGGAGGCCACCAGACAGCUGGGUCGGAACUACCUCCACCCGUCCAUCAUCCCAGAUCCGUACGUCCAUUCCAUCAACCUCACCCCUCGCGACGAGUUCGUCAUCCUUGCCUGUAGAGGAUUGUGGGAUUACGUCGCCCCCAUGGAGGCCGUCGAUACCGUGCGCAGUAAGAACAACCCUCUGAAGGCGGCAAAGUUGUUGAGGGACAUCGCGCAGGGCUGCGGCUCGCAGGACAACAUCAGCGUGGUGGUGGUUCGGCUGCAGGAGUGUGAUGAACCGGAGGAUAACUGCGCGGUGAUCCAGCCGGAGGACCUGCCGCCGUCCAUGGAGAACCUCACCGUGUCCGAUUCAGGGGAGAGCGACACAAAGACUGAUGGGAGCGAGGGGAGAACUAACGGAAACGGGGUAACCGCGAGUGACGGGAACGGCGUGGAAGGGUCGGUGUCAACGAUAUUGGACGACAGGUCGUCGGUGUCGUCUCUGCAGAGCACGUCGAACUCUGCGGGAAGUCAGGCUGACGAGCAGGAGUCCAAAGCCGCGCUGGCCGAUGUGACGGCAGGUUUGGACAAACAUGCCAUCCAGGAGGCGGUCCACCGAGACAGGCACAAGAAGGCUUACCAGUCCAAGUCCCACAGUCUCACCUACGGUGCAGAACGGCCCCUCAAGAACGGGUGGAAGGCGGACAGAGGCGGCUGGGUGUCGGACAACGCCGUGGAUGAUAGCGACGAGGAAGGGGUGGAAAACAUCGCCACGGAGGUGCAGGUGGAGGUGGAGGUGUACACCCCCUCCCACACCCCCUCCCACAAGUCCAACAUUGUAACAAUAGUCAAUGCCAUGGUUGCUACCACUCAGCCUGUCGAAAACGGACUACAUGAAGAGAAGGACAAGCCGGCCAGUGAACAAAACGGGGCCAUAAACGGGCACGCGGACGGGGAGAAAACGCCGCUCAAGUCUUCCAAGAGAGCCAACGGUUCGGUCGUGCCAGACUCAGACGUUAUCUGUAAGAUUGAGAUCGCUCCUCCUAAGCCCCCUCCCCGCAGUUACUCCAGCCCCCCCACCCUGGCAGUAGACACCUCCACCGACGGCAGCACGUCGCCUGUCCGAAAACGGGCCGUGGAAAACGGGCACGCCGCCAACGGCCACGAGAUGCAGGGGGUUGAGGAGGAGACGGAGGAGUACGACACUGCGCUGUAAUACAUUUUGUAAAACGAUACCCUAUUGUUUACGAUACCCAUUUGUAACCUGAGACUGCUCUGUGACAUCUAGAAAAAGUGUGCUGUAAUGUGUUACAACAGCGUAACACAACGCAGCAUUGUACAUAAGGAAAAAUGCCAUUUGUACAGACCCAGUAACUGGUCCAGUCCCCAAGCCAGGGACAUUUCCAGAAAUUUGUACCUCAUAGAUGUAUCUGUCCGCAUGGUUGAUUAAUAAAAGGUAUUAAGAUAUAUUUAGACAGGAGGUGACCAAAAAGGUACCAGAAACUGGCUUGUCUUUGUAGAGUGAGCUGUCCUAAUGUUAAUGGUAGAUAUUCUACACAUUGUAUGGACAUAGAAAGGAAAGUGCUUUCUGAUAAGAUGGUACAAGAUGGCUCACUAGAAAAUAUUGUAUGGUAAGUAAAGUAUAUGUAAAUUGUGAAUAGAAUUAACUCUUCUGAAACAAAAAGUGUUGUGGGAAGAUCCAGAAUUUCCAUCCCAAAGUGCAUUGCUUGGCAACCAGAGGCUGACAUCUGUUUGAAGAAAAUGGAUGGAGAUUUCCCAACUUCUGUGUCGGGACAAAGUUGAGAAGAAUAAACAAAAGUCACCCAAUAAUACUAGUAUUUACCUUUAACUACACUAAAGUAAAGUUCACAUUCUACAAGGCAGAUUCUCGAAGUGACCAAUUGCUGAACAUCUAAUUUCACACAAAUAUAUGCAGCUUGACUGGUUUUCAAAGCAUGGAAAGAACACUUAUAAGAAAAUGGAUUAGAAAGAUUAUCAAACCCAGUAAAUGUUUUGGCUACAUUUAUGUACUUGACAUAGAUAAAUCAUUGUUUCUAUU